AUGGCGGAAGUGCUGGGCUUGGUCUCCAGCUGCCUCACCAUCAUUGAGUUGUCGGCCAAGAUCGUCGGGUGGUGUGUCGAGUAUUCGGCCUCCGUCAAAAAUGCCGCGGCGGAUAUCCAACGCCUGCAAAGGCAGGUUGAGGCGCUGCGGGUAAUAGUUCAGGGCCACCGGAAUCUCCUCGAGGGACACAAUGGCGUCAAACUCUCCGUGUCAAACAACGUACGCCAGGCUGUUGAUGCCUGCUGUGGACAUCUUUUCCAGGUUCACGAGAAGCUGAAGCCAAGAAAAAGACAUUCUGCCAGGAACCUGCUGGGAAUUCGAGCCCUUACAUGGCCUUUCAGCAGUUCAGAAGUGGUCAAACUAAUCAGCGAUAUCCAAUCCUGGAUGGACAUCAUGGAUGCAGGUCUGCAAAUUGAUCAGUGCGCCAUCAUUCUCGAUACCAAUCAACAGAUGGUCCUCUCCAAACUCCCCACAGCCUCAGGCGCAUCUUACAACUCGCACCAGAAUGAACACGCUCCAAGAUGCCACCCCGAAACCAGGCUCGACCUUCUCUCCCAAAUACACCAAUGGGCUCAAGAUCCUCAGACAAAACCACUGUACUGGUUGAAUGGCAUGGCAGGGACUGGGAAAUCGACCAUUUCGCGGACCUUGGCCGCGUAUUUUGAUUCUAUAGGAAGCCUCGGGGCCAGCUUUUUCUUCAAAAGAGGCGAGCAUGAUCGCUCAGCUUCUACACUUCUAUUCUCGACCAUCGCAUAUCAACUUGCCUAUGCGUAUCCCGCCGCCUUGCCUCAUAUCAUCCAAGUCCUUGAAACUGAGCCAUCCAUCUCGCAAAAGCCUCUCAAGGAGCAGUUUCAAAGGCUUGUUGUGGGGCCCCUGUCUCGGAUCCAAGCACAAUCACAGAGCCUCAUUAUCAUCAUCGAUGCCUUGGACGAGUGUGACUCGGACCAGGAUAUCAGGAUCAUCAUAUCCGCCUUUACACAGGCGAACAGCCUGAACUCAGCUAGACUCAAGGUUCUCGUUACCAGCAGACCAGAGCUGCCCAUCCGGCUCGGGUUCUCAGGUCACGAGGGUGUCUACGAAACACUGAUCCUACAUGAGGUUCCUCCGCUUCAUGUGGAGACCGAUCUCUUCAUAUAUCUGAUGCAUGAAGUCAAGCUCAUCAGGGAUUCGUUCAACCGAACUGUACCUCUCCAUCGACACUUGUCACUGGAUUGGCCCAACCCGCUACAUAUUGCGAUUCUUGCGCGGAGUGCGUCUCCGCUGUUCAUCAUUGCGGCCACGAUGAUGCGUAUCAUCGGGGAUCGUGUCUUGGGCAGCCCAGACGACCAACUCACAAGGAUCUUGGAUGAUCUCACUCUCCGUAGCGACAUUGGUGGCAAUAUCAGCGCCACGUACCUUUCUGCACUGAGCCCAAUUGUUGCUGGCCGCUCCAGCCGAGAUAAAGAUUACAUCCUCCAGCAAUUCCGUGCCAUCAUCGGGCCCCUGAUUCUUCUACAGACGCCGCUCUCUAUAGGAUGCCUCGGACGCCUGCUAGAUAUUCCCCACAACCUUAUCGACCAGACGCUCGACUCACUACAUUCCGUGCUCAACAUCCCUAACAUACCCGGCGGUGUUGUGCGGCUCUUUCACUUGUCCUUUCGCGACUUCCUGCUGAACGCCGAGAACCCGGGUAGCACCGAUUUCCAGAUCAAUGAGGCCAACACCCACAAAGAACUGGCAUUCCAGUGUCUAGAUCUGCUGAUGACACGAACUCCCCUGCACAAGAACAUCUGUAAUUUCCAGUGGCCUGGGACCCCAUGUUGUGGCAUCAGCACCGAGUUUAAAAUGCAUUGUCUGCCAGCGGAGGUGCAGUACGCGUGCCUCUACUGGGUCCAUCAUCUGAGGAACAGCCAGGUUCGGAUCCAUGACGGCGACCGAGUACACGAGUUCCUCAAGAUACAUUUCCUCCACUGGUUGGAAGCACUCAGUAUUCUCGGCCGAGUUUCUGAAACAAUUACUCAAAUCUCCAUGUUGCAAAGCCUGGCGCAGUUCGAAGCAGCAUCGGAAGUGCUCUCUUUUCUCGAAGGAGCAAGGCGUUUCAUCUUGGCUCACAGACACAUUGCCUCCCGGGUGCCAUUGCAGCUCUAUUCUUCGGCACUCAUCUUCAGUCCGGUGAAUAGCGUCAUCCGCCAAACUUUUGUAGAGGACAUGCCACCAUAUAUUACUCUCUUUCCCAAGGUGGACCAAGAUUGGUCCGCUGCUUUGAUGUCGCUUGAAGGCCACCAAGCCAUGGUCUUUGAUGCGGUCUUUUCCCCUGACUCACGGCUUCUAGCGUCUGCAUCGGACGAUGCGACGGUGCGAAUCUGGGAGGCCGGCACAGGAGAGCAUCUUCAAACGCUUGAAGGACACGACAACAGCGUCUACUCUGUUGCCUUCUCUCAUGACUCCAAGUUCCUAGCAUCCGGCUCAAAAGAUUGUACCGUCAGACUUUGGUCAGUACAAACCGGCGAUCAACUUGAAACAUUUACAGGUCAUAAUAACACGGUACGCUCCGUUGUCUUUUCUCCUGACUCAAGGACUGUUAUUUCCGGGUCAGAUGAUACUUAUGUUCGAGUCUGGUCGGUUGCCACCGCUGCGGCCGUUCACACCCUGGAAGGCCACACUUCGCCAGUCGAGGUGUGUGCCUGCUCACCAAGCGGAAAUCUGAUUGUCUCAGGGUCAUUGGAUGACUAUAUCCGAGUUUGGUCAAUCCACAGCGGCCAACAUAUUCGAAGCCUAAACAGCCACGAGAGGGGAGUUACAUAG